GAGUUGACAACAUACGCCGACCUGAUCUACCAGACGAAGAGGCUGAACACACUGGAAACGCACUUCACAGUGAUCGACUCGGAGAAUCACAAGGUAUGGGAGGGCUGCUGCAUGAGCGAUCUCAAAAACCUCUCCUUCACGAUGCUCCUCGAGAAGAUACGCUAUCCUCCUGCAAAGCGGCACUGGCCGCCGGAGCCUCGAUAA